AUGGCUCAAGGCAAAUUAACAGGCGCCGCCGUCGCCGAGCACAACUCUAAGGACUCGUGCUGGGUGAUCGUACACGGCAAGGCCUACGACGUCACUGAAUUCCUCCCUGAACAUCCUGGUGGCCAGAAAAUCAUUCUCAAGUAUGCUGGAAAAGAUGCGACCGAGGAGUUCGACCCAAUCCACCCGCCUGAUACGCUCGACAAGUAUCUUGAUCAAUCCAAGCACCUCGGCGAGGUCGACAUGAGCACAGUCGUGCAGGAGGAGAAGGCCGCGGAUCCCGGAGAAGUAGAACGUCAAGAGCGCAUCAAGCGCAUGCCUCCGCUGUCAGCGUGCUACAAUCUGUUGGACUUUGAGACAGUCGCUCGCCAGGUCAUGAAGAAUACGGCUUGGGCGUACUACUCCAGCGGUGCGGACGAUGAAAUGACUAUGCGCGAAAACCACUCGGCCUUUCAUAAGAUUUGGUUCCGGCCACGGGUGCUGGUGGACGUUGAGCACGUGGACUUCACAACUAGCAUGCUAGGUACCAAAUGCUCGAUUCCAUUCUACGUCACCGCAACAGCACUUGGCAAACUAGGACACCCAGAGGGCGAGGUAGUACUUACGAGGGCGGCAAAGAAGCAUGACGUGAUCCAGAUGAUUCCAACAUUAGCAUCCUGCUCAUUUGACGAGAUUGUUGACGCCCGACAAGGGGACCAGGUCCAGUGGCUGCAGCUGUAUGUCAACAAGGAUCGGGCGAUUACAAAGAGGAUUGUUGAGCACGCCGAGAAGCGUGGAUGCAAGGGGCUUUUCAUCACGGUCGAUGCACCCCAAUUGGGCCGUCGCGAAAAGGAUAUGCGCUCCAAGUUCGAUGAUGCCGGGUCAGAUGUGCAAUCUGGGGAUGACGGGGUGGAUCGUUCUCAGGGUGCUGCCCGUGCUAUCUCAUCCUUCAUCGACCCCGCGUUGUCGUGGAAAGAUAUCCCCUGGUUCAAGUCCAUCACUAAGAUGCCAAUUGUCUUGAAGGGCGUGCAAUGUGUUGAAGAUGCGCUGCGGGCAGUGGAGGUCGGUGUGGACGGAAUCGUGGUCUCCAACCAUGGUGGUCGACAACUGGACACCGCUCGCUCAGGCAUUGAGGUGUUGGCAGAAGUGAUGCCGGCUUUGCGAGAGCGUGGAUGGGAGAAGCGCAUUGAAGUCUUUGUCGACGGCGGUGUGCGCCGUGCUACUGACAUUCUCAAAGCUCUGUGCUUGGGCGCGAAAGGUGUCGGGAUCGGUCGUCCAUUCCUCUUCGCCAUGUCUUCAUACGGCCAGGAUGGCGUCGAGCGGGCUAUGCAGUUACUGAAGGAUGAGAUGGAGAUGAACAUGCGCUUGAUCGGUGCCACUUGCGUUGAAGACCUGAAUCCUAGUCUCCUGGAUACUCGUGGCCUUCUGGCUGGUCACUCCGGCGUUGCUCCGAUUGAUAACCUAGGCCUACAUGCCUAUGACCCACUCCAGGCGCCGCGGUUCAACGAGAAGCCAAAAUUGUAG